AUGAUCCCUGCAUCUCUGCUGCUGCUUCUUGCAGCUGCAUCCUGUGUGAAGUCUAAUGUUGAACUCACCCAGCCAGGUUCCUUGACUGUAAAGCCAGGACAGUCUCUGACCAUCUCCUGUAAAGUAUCUGGGUAUUCCCUCACUGACAGUUACUAUACAGGCUGGAUCCGACAGCCUGCAGGGAAAGCUCUGGAGUGGAUUGGGUAUAUGUGGGGUGGUGGGAGCACUUAUUAUAAAGAUUCCCUUAAGAACAAGUUCAGCAUCACCAGAGACACCUCCAGCAACACAGUGUCUUUACAAGGAAGUAGCCUGCAGACUGAAGACACAGCUGUGUAUUACUGUGCCCGAUGGCCACAUGUAGCAGGUGGCAGUUUCGACUACUGGGGAAAGGGUACCAUGGUCACCGUGACAUCAGCUCAACAAGCUACACCAGAUGUCUUCCCCCUUGUUAGCUGCGGAAGCUCCUCGGAGUACAUCACCGCGGGCUGCAUCGCUAGAGGAUUCAUGCCCGAUGGUUUGAGCUUCAAGUGGACGAAAGACGGCAGCGAUUUGCCCGGGUUCGUGCAGUAUCCGAGCGUGCUGUCAGCCGGGAAAUACUCCAGCGUCAGUCAAAUUCAACUGAAAAAGGAGGAGUUGGGAGAGUCGAAACUCCAGUGUGUCGCAGAUCAUGGAGGAAAAACAACAGCUGCUGACGUGAUCAUACAACCACCACCAGAACCAACACCUCCAACCCUUUACCUAAUGGUUCCAAAUCAGGAGGAAUUAACAGAACACAGGACCGCUUCCUUUGCCUGCGUAGCCAACCAAUUUUCUCCCCGUGAUCACACAUUGACAUGGCUGAGGAAUGGCAAAGCGUUAGCCCCAGGCGAUGGAGUAGUCACAACUCCUGAUGUGCAGGAGGCUGAGGGGAAAAUCUUCACUGCAAGUAGCUUUUUGCGUGUCGGGGAACGCUUAUGGAAGGAUCCAGGUUCAUCUAUUUCAUGUAAAUUUGAAGGCAAAGCUGGAACUGAGACAAAGAGUGUCGAAUACACUUCAGGCGAAUGCGACAUACCAGUUGAGGGUAAGAUUCUUCCCCCGUCACCAGAGGAGUACUUCCUAAGCGACACUGUCACUCUCACCUGCAAUGUCAGCUGCAAGGGACAAUGCGAUGUGAAAAAAUUCAAUCUUACCUGGGAGAGAGCGGAUGGAGAGCCUCUUGUUGGGAAAUAUGUACCAGACGAUAACUACAGAAUCUCCAAGAUCCAAAUUAGAUAUGAAGAGUGGAAAAAUGGCACCGAGUUCAUCUGUAUAGCACAGCAUGAUGACAGUCCUUCACCAAAAAGGAUCCCUUACAAAAGAGAAAACGGAGGAAAGUCGGAGCGUCCCUCUGUCUUUUUACUCGCCCCUGCAGAUCAGCAUAACAAGGAAGAGGUGACCCUCACCUGCUAUGCCAAAGAUUUCUACCCCGAUCUGGUUCUCAUUUCUUGGCUUGCUGAUGAUCAAGUUGUGGACAGAUCAGAGUUCCAAACUACCGAAGUGGUUAAGACAGGAAACACAUACUCAGUAUACAGCCAGCUGACAGUCCCUGCUGCAGCCUGGAAGAGUGGUGUGUUGUACAGCUGUGCAGUGCACCAUGAAACUGUGAAGGACAGAGUGGUGAGAGCAAUAAUCAGGACCAGUAGCAGUGUUUCCAGUACGCCCACCACAGUUAGCCUUGACCUGAACGUGCCUCAAGUCUGCAAGGUGUCAUACGUCACCAUGAUGUAUGAGCACUGGGGCUGCGACACCUCAGAUAUUGACAGUGACAGUUCAGCCAACACAGCCAUCACCUUCGUAUUCCUCUUCCUCAUCAGCCUCUUCUAUAGCAUCGGAGCUACUGCCUUCAAGGGAAAUGAAACAAGGAUUGACCCACCCAACAUCACACUGUACCACCAGCUCAGCAGCAAAACAUCAGGGGCCACAAAAAUUAGCCUGAUCUGCUACCUGACAGGGUAUUACCCUGAAGCCAUUAGAGUUGAAUGGCAAAAAGACAACAAUCCUUCAAAAUUGUCUGACAAUAAGCAGGUAUUCAAGAAGAGGGAGGAAAAAUACAGCCUUAUUAGCCAAGUGGAAGUUAACAUUGAAGACUGGCACUCGGGCUCUGAGUAUACCUGCAAAGCUACCCACGAUAAAAAAGAUUUCAGCAAACGCAUCAGCAUUUGCUCAGAUUUCCCUGUUUUCCCACCAACCAUUUCCCUGGAGAAGCCCAACCUAGAGAGUGAUGUGAGCUCUGAAAAGCUUACAGCCACAUGUACAGUCCUGACUCCCUACAAGACCACUGUGUCAUGGUAUCGGGAUGGAGAUGAGAAAAACAAAUUGUCAAAUACAAGGAUUGUCUCUCCCAGAGUCACUCUGUACCACCAGCUCACUGACAAAUCAGAGGCCACAAAAGUCAGUUUGACCUGCUCCCUGACAGGAUAUUACCCAGAUGACAUCACUGUUGAAUGGCUGGUAGACAACAAUCCUUCAAAUCUGUCUGAAGAUAAGCAGAAAUUACAGAAUGUCAAGGGGGGAGAAACAACAUACAGCCUAAGCAGCCAAGUGAAGAUUGACAUUGAAGACUGGCACUCCGGCUCCGAGUAUACCUGCAAAGCUACCCACAAUAAAAAAGAUUUCAUCGAACGCAUCAGCAUUUGCUCAGAUUUCCCCAUAUCCUCCCCACCAAUUUACCUGGAAGCGCCCAAUCUAGAGAGUGAUGUGAGUUUUGAAAAGCUUACAGCAACGUGUACAGUCUUGACCCCCUACAAGACCACUGUGUCAUGGUUUCGGGAUGGAGAUGAGAAAAACACAUUGUCAAAUACAAGGAUUGUCUCUCCCAGAAUCACACUGUACCACCAGCUCAGUGACAAAUCAGGGACCACAAAAGUCAGUUUGACCUGCUCCCUGACAGGGUAUUACCCAGAUGACAUUACUGUUGAAUGGCUGGUAGACAACAAUCCUUCAAAUCUGUCUGAAGAAAAGCAGAAAUUACAGAAUGUCAAGGAGGGACAAACAACAUACAGCCUAAGCAGCCAAGUGAAGAUUGACAUUGAAGACUGGCACUCAGGCUCCAAGCGCAGGAGGGGAGGAGGGGGUAGCAAGGAGUUGAGGAGUCUGACUGCCAAAGGGAAAAAGCUGUUGCAGCGUCUGACAGUGAGAGUACAGAUGCUCUGGUACCUUCUGCCAGACGGCAGGGGGGAUGAACAGUCCAUGGGAGGGGGACUUGCGGUCAGCGAGGCUGCAAUUCCCAAACCAGACAGUGAUGCAGCUGCAGAGGAUGCUCUCUACAGUCUCUCGGUAGAAGGUGGUGUGGAUGGGAGAGGAGAGGCUGGCCUUCUUCAGCCUCCUCAGGAAGUGGAGAUAUUGCUGGGCCUUAUUGGUUAUGGUGACGUUGAGUGUCCUGAUACAAGAACUGCUUCCCCCACCAUUACUCUGUACCACCAACUCAGCAACAACCCAUCUGGGGCCACAAAAGUCAGUCUGCUCUGCUACCUGACAGGAUAUUACCCAGAUGACAUCACAGUGGAAUGGUCUGUAAACGACAGACCUGAGAGUUUGUCUCCAGUUCAGAAAAAAUUCCGGAAUGUCAACGGGGGAGAGACAUUAUACAGUCUAAGCAGCCAAUUGCAGAUCGACAUUGACGAGUGGCACUCUGGCUCCAAUUAUACCUGCAAAGCUACCCACAACAAAAAAAAUUACAUGGAACACAUCAGCAUUUGCUCAGAAUUCCCUGUUUCCUCCCCAACCAUCUAUCUGGAGGCACCCAAUCUAGAGAGUGAUGUGAGCUAUGAAAAGCUUACAGCCACAUAUACAAGGACUGUUUCCCCCAGAAUUGCUCUGUACCACCAACUCAUCAACAACCCAUCAGAGGCCACAAAAGUCAGUCUGAUCUGCUACCUGACAGGAUAUUAUCCAGAUGACAUCACAGUGGAAUGGUCUGUAAACGACAGCCCUGUGAGUUUGUCUCCAGUUCGGAAAAAAUUCAGGAAUGUCGACGGGGGAUACACAACAUACAGCCUAAGCAGCCAAGUGGAGGUCGACAUUGACGAGUGGCACUCUGGCUCCAAGUAUACCUGUAAAGCUACCCACAAUAAAAUAGAUGUCAAAGAACACAUCAGCAUUUGCUCAGAUACAAGGACUGCUUCCCCCAACAUUGCUCUAUACCACCAGCUCAGCAACAAAACAUCACAGGCCACAAAAGUCAGUCUGCUCUGCUACCUGACAGGAUAUUACCCACAAGACAUCACAGUAGAAUGGCUGGUAAACAACAAACCUGUGAGUUUCUCUACAGUUCAGAAAAAAUUCCGGAAUGUCGACAAGGGAGACACAACAUACAGCCUAAGCAGCCAAGUGGUGGUGGACAUUGAAGACUGGCACAGUGGCUACAAGUAUACCUGCAAAGCUACCCACAAUAAAAAAGAUUUCAUAGAACACAUCAGCAUUUGCUCAGUGAAUCCAACCUCCACUCAGACAGCAGAGAUGUUCCUUCUUGGUCCCUCCAUCCACACCACACUGAAUCGUGAGGACCUUCCUUUCACCUGUCUGCUGGUCGCUUAUGGCAUGCAGAACUUCUCCAUCACCUGGAAGGUGAAUGGCGAGGCAGGGCAGACGCACAGUACAACAGAGCGUACGCAGAACGCCAACGGAACCCAGACGUGGCGCAGCACGUUCACCAUGAAGGCCCGCGAUUGGCACAUGCACAAAAAUGUCUCCUGUGAAGCCAGACAUGUGUGCUCCAGCAAGCCACAGCUGAUGUCCCUGGAGAAAGCCAGAGAUCCCAAGCAGCCCAGUGUUCAGAUUCUAGAACCGUCUGAAUCGGAGCUGGCAAAAUCGAGCGAAGCCACCAUAGUCUGUCUGGUGUCCAAUUUCUUCCCCUCUGACAUUGAUGUUUACUGGGAACUGAACAAGCAGAAGCUACCAGAAUCACGAUACAGCAGCAGCCCUGCACUCAGAUACUCUGGCAAGAGCAGCUAUUCCAUGCACAGCAAGCUCCUGGUGCCCAAGUCCCAGUGGAAAGACGGAGAAUAUUCCUGCGUGGUCAGGCAUGAGUCAUCUAAGAGCCCGCUCAGGCAUACCAUUUCUAAUGUGUUUGCCUCAGUGAUCCCAUCCCCGCCUCAAGCCACCCUGCUGCGUUCCUCCACGGAGCUCGUCUGUCUGGUGUACGGCUUCAGCCCGUCUGCCAUCAAUGUCAGCUGGAUCCUGAGCGAUGACACACAGCUGGUGGAGCAGAAUACCACCGCUGCAUCCAGGGGGCCCGAUGGGCGAUUCACCAUCCGCAGCCACAUGCGCCCCUCCUUCUGGAAACCGGGGGUCACCUACAGCUGCAGAGUGGAACACGUCACAACCACUCUGCUACUCAACAUAAGCCAGCAAGAAGUUAUUAGGGAGGAUGACUACUUUGAUGAAAACACACAUGACAUGUCCAGUGUGGAAAGUGCUGAGGAAAUCUGGAACACUGCCCGCACCUUCCUCAUCCUCUUCCUCAUCGCUGUGCUCUACAGCAGCUUUGUCACUUUAGUGAAGGUGAAAUGAUGUCAAGACCUCAUAUCCAGCAGAUGGUGACAUGUGAAAUGGUAAAAUGGUUGACAUCUUUCAAACCAGC